UCCUCCCCGCUCCUCCUGCUCCUCCUCCUCGGCGGGCGGGCCCCCGGGCCAUGUGUUCCCCUGUAGCUGCGGCCUGGUGGUGAGAGGGGAGCGGUGCCCGGCGGAGGAUACACCCGCAGCCUGUCCUCUUCCCGCUGACGUGGUCCAGCACAGCAGACAUGGCGAGCCCCUGUGUAGUGCUUGCUGAUGAUGAACAGGGAUACGAUCUGGACCUGUUCUGUAUUCCUAAGCAUUAUGCAGCAGAUUUGGAAAAGGUCUACAUUCCCCACGGGUUAAUUAUGGACAGGACAGAAAGAUUAGCCCGAGAUAUCAUGAAAGAUAUGGGUGGCCAUCACAUAGUUGCACUCUGCGUAUUAAAAGGUGGAUAUAAGUUCUUUGCUGAUCUGCUUGACUACAUCAAGGCACUAAAUCGGAACAGUGACAGAUCGAUCCCCAUGACUGUAGACUUUAUUAGACUGAAGAGUUACUGUAAUGAUCAAUCUACAGGAGACAUUAAAGUUAUAGGUGGAGAUGAUCUUUCUACUCUGACAGGAAAGAAUGUCCUAAUUGUUGAGGACAUCAUUGAUACGGGAAAGACAAUGAAAACAUUACUCUCAAUGCUGCAGAAGUACAAUCCCAAGAUGGUUAAAGUAGCCAGCUUGCUUGUUAAAAGAACUCCACGCAGUGUUGGAUAUAGGCCUGAUUUUGUAGGAUUUGAAGUGCCAGACAAGUUUGUUGUAGGCUACGCAUUAGACUACAAUGAAUACUUUAGAGACUUGAACCACAUUUGUGUGAUUAGUGAGGAUGGGAAGGAGAAAUACAAGGCAUAGAAGAUACUUGAACCAUUGAUCAGUUGUCUGCUCCUAAGGCUGGGAUGGAUUUCCUGACAUCAAGCCCCUAGACGUCAUCCAUAUCACACAUUAGAUUGCAUGAAGCGAAUGCACUUUGUCCGUCUUUUCACUUUCAGAAUGUAAUGCCCUAUGGAUGGGUCUCCAUACUGUACAAUGGAAUAUGUAAGAUUUAGCAUUUUUCUUGAUUCUUAGCACUUCUUUAUUUAAACUAAAGUUUCCUGGACUUUCACCCAUGUAAAUUUAUAGCACUUAAAGGGUACCCCGCUGCUCAGCGUUUGGAACAAACUGUUCCGAACGCUGCCGCCGGGAGCUUGUGACGUCAUAGCCCCGCCCCAUCAAUGCACUGGUCUUCACAACCUCUUUGUAUAGAACAUUUUACUCACUAAUAUAGGCAGAAAU